CAAAGGCCCAAAAGUUUGGCUGAAUGGAUUUGUAAUACUCAAACACAUGAUGCUGAUGGUUGCUGAAACUUGUUUUACUUUUUUAUUUCCAUUGUCGCUAACCGCAAACUCGGUAUGUCUGUUACAGCAAUGGAGUCAAUUGCAUUUCCAGCUGUACAAAAGCUGUCAGAAAGAGUGAUAGCUGUGUUGGGUCAGAAUCCGGGACAGUUUACACUGCAAGGAACCAAUACAUAUAUCAUUGGAACUGGCUCACGACGGAUCUUGCUAGAUACUGGAGAAGGAGUAAGCGGAUAUCAGCAGCUGUUACUGAAUACUCUACAGGCAGCAGGAGUGACCAGCAUAUCUCAUAUUCUCUGUACACAUCGCCACCAUGAUCAUAUAGGAGGCAUUUCACAGGUUCAAACGGUGGUAUCCGCGCUAAAACAAAAUCCGUCCACGCUCGAGAUAUCAAAACGACUUACCAAUCGUGAUACCUCGAAUACCUCCAGCUUUCAACAUAUUCAAAACGGGCAGAUUUACAAAACCGAAGGAGCAACACUGGAGGCAAUCUACACACCAGGCCAUACCGACGACCAUGUUUCUUUUUUGAUUGUAGAAGAUGCCGCUCUAUUUACUGGUGAUUGUGUUUUAGGUCAAGGAUCGGCCGUUUUUGAAAACCUGUCCCAGCUGAUUGCAUCACUGAAAUCCCUGCAGCAGUUUUCUCCACAGCGUAUAUAUCCUGGACAUGGUCCUUGCAUUAUGAAUAAUGGGGUGGAUAAAAUCGUUGAAUACAUCAACCAUAGAUUGGAGCGUGAGAAGCAAAUCUUGGCUUUGAUGCAAUCAGAUCGAGAUACAGUCUCAUCUUGGACACUGGAUAGUCUUGCUACGAAAAUAUAUGCAGGAUAUCCGGACACAAUCAUUCCUGCUGCAAAAGCGACUAUUCGGCAUCAUUUGGAAAAGUUGCAAGAUGAUGGGAUUGUUAGUAUGGCUGUGAAUACCAGCAACAAAGCUGCUGAUUCCGAGUCGUGGAGAUUAUCACAAGGAUAA